AUUAAAGGCGCUCGUGCAUGUGGGCGGUCACGUGACUCGUCAUAUAUGAUGCGCGCGGAGCUGAAGCUCAUCUCAUUCCCUGUGAAGUGUUCACUCAACAGUGUGCAGCAGAUCUGUGAGGAAGACCCACAACAGCUAUGUGAAGGUUUCCUAUUAUCAAGCACUUUCGAUCAUGCUAUUCCCUGCCUCAAAGUCCGACGUCAAAGCCGUUCUGGACGGAGUGGCAGAAACCACCUUCCGAACCAUUACAUCCGGACUGCAGUACUUGGGUUCAAAUGACAUCGGCUACGACGAUCAGAUCAUCGAUGGCGACUUCGCCAAAGGCGGAUACCCUCUGCACAAGCCGCUUUCAGCCUACCGCAGGAGCUCGUUCUCGGAUAAAGUCGGACCGGAUGAGGAACUCAUCCUGAAAGGUAUCCCUUUCUAUCCCACCAACAGCUCUGAUGGAUUCGGAAACUGGAGCCUGGGAGAAGACGGGAGCAGCCUGCAGUGCGGGGAGAACUUUAUGGACAUGGAGUGUUUCAUGAUAUUGACUCCGAGUCAACAGCUGGCCGUGGCCGUGCUGUCGCUCACGCUCGGCACUUUCACGGUGUUGGAAAACCUGGUGGUCCUGUGCGUGAUACUGAGGUCACGGACCCUGCGCUGCAGGCCCUCCUAUCAUUUCAUCGGUAGCUUGGCCAUCGCCGACCUGCUCGGCAGCGUGAUCUUCGUCUACAGCUUCUUGGACUUUCACGUCUUUCACCGCAAAGACAGUCCUGACGUGUUUCUGUUCAAACUGGGCGGCGUGACGGCCUCUUUUACCGCGUCAGUGGGAAGCCUCUUCCUCACCGCCAUCGAUCGCUACAUAUCCAUCCAUCGGCCGCUGGCGUACAGGCGAAUCGUCACGCGCACCAAAGCUGUGAUCGCCUUCUGCAUGAUGUGGGCGAUCUCUGUCGUCAUCGCCGUGUUGCCUCUGCUGGGCUGGAACUGCAAACGUCUGAACUCCGUCUGUUCCGACAUCUUUCCUCUUAUAGAUGAGAACUAUCUGAUGUUUUGGAUCGGCGUGACCAGCGUUCUGGUCAUAUUCAUUAUCUACGCCUACAUGUACAUCCUCUGGAAGGCCCAUCACCACACGGUGAGGAUGUUAAGACGCACGUCGCAAAAAAGCCUGGUCGUCCACUCUUCGGACGGCACCAAGGUCCAGACCGUCAGGCCGGACCAGGUCCGCAUGGACAUCCGUCUGGCCAAGACGCUGGUGCUGAUUCUGGUGGUAUUAGUGAUCUGCUGGGGGCCUCUUUUGGCCAUCAUGGUGUACGAUCUGUUCUGGCGGAUGGAUGACAACAUUAAGACGGUGUUUGCGUUCUGCAGCAUGCUCUGCCUGCUUAACUCCACCGUCAACCCCAUCAUCUACGCUCUGAGGAGUAAAGACCUACGCAGAGCCUUCCUCGCCACCUGCCAGGGUUGCAGGAGCGUCUCCAGCACGUCUCUACAGCUCGACAACAGCCUGGAGUCGGACUGUCAAAACCGAAAUCAACACAUCGCCGCCAGCCGCGCAGCUGAGAGCUGCGUGAAGACCACUGUGAAAAUAGCCAAACUGACAAUGUCCGUUUCGGCCGAGACGUCCGCGGAGGCCGUCUGAUGGUUUGGAGUUGCGUGCAGGUAUUCAUGCAUAAAGGUGAAAAUACAAAGCCGGUUCGAUGAAUUGUUCACGGACGGUUUAUUGCUCAAGUGCCAAAUGUUUUUUUCAGAAGUACUACAGGAGGAUCUCAAACACUGUUUGAAUAUGUUGGGCUCUUUGUUGUCGUUGCCAUUAUAUUAUUUAAGAGUGUAACUGAAGAUAUGUGGAUGUGCUUUAUUAAAGUUGACUAUAUUUUUAUACUUUCAAUUUUUUGCUUUUGAACAAUGAUAUCUUCUCAUGGGAAUAAGGGGCUAAUGAUCUUCUCAAUAUGAAUACAAUGUAAGUAUGAAUUUAAAUGUAGAUGUAUCAUAUGUAAAUAUGUUGUUAAGCUCUGUGCUGUUAUUUGUUGGUUCAGCAUCACAUUUAGUUGUUUAUUUUGUCAAAUAUUAUUGAAGAAGAAUUAUAAUAUAUUAUACAGUUGGUGAAUAGGGAGCGCCUGUCCUGUUGAUCCUCAUAAAAAUGAGGACUUUAUUUGUGACACAGGUUCAUUAAAUGAUGCUUAAGUGUUAAUGUUGUGAAGAUCAGGACGAAUAAAGGAUAUACUUUUUUUACAAGAUGGACUUAAUUGUCACAAAUAACAGUGACAAUGUAAAAGCACUAAUAAUUAUGAUGAUAACAAUAAUGUUGUGUUGGUUUUAAUAACCAGAUUGUUUAUUUGUAUUUCUGCUGAUGUAUUUUUUAGACGUAAGUAAAAAAUCAUUUUAAAAGCACAAACCCCAGAGAAAAUACAUGAGCUGGUAUGUUUACGCACCUGUUGUUAAUACAGACGAAUGCAUCAUGAACAAACAGCUUAACAUGUAAAUAUGGCGAUUGUACAGUAAUGCCUUAAACUGUGAUAUAGUGUGGUGGAUAUUUUAGUUUGCACUGUUCAAAACUUUAGAUCAACUUUAAAUACCUUUACCUAAAAUAAAAAGUGGCUUUUGUUCCAAAGUUGUUCUGUUUAAAAGUGAUGUCUCAAAAUACAAAAGCAAAACUUAGUGGCUGCUCUUACACAUAUGUAUCAAGUGUUUUUUAAUAAAGUCAGUACUGAACACUGAAA